ACAGUUCACUCACUUUGAAAGCCAGCUGAAGGCAAGAGGAAGCACCGAGAGAGAGCUAGCUCCUUCAGUGUCUGAGUGUGUGGACCUGCUUGUCAGAAGGCUGAGAGAAGAUGAGAGGAAUGAAUCUCCAGCUGGUGUGCCUGACUCUCCUGGCUUUCAGCUCCUGGAGUCUGUGCUCAGGUAAGCUCAACUGCAUCUCACAACUCCCUGAAGUGAGGGAUUUCUCUCGCAGUCUGCUGCUACUCAGAUUCAGAAGAAGAUGUGAGAGCCCUGGAGGCAGAUCUAUUGACAAACAUGCAUACAUCCAAGAUCAGCAAAGCAAGUCCUCCGUCUUGGAAAAUGACCUUGCUAAAUGUUUGCAGCCUCAUAAAUAACGUGAACAGCCCGGCCGAGGAAGCAGGAGACAUGCAUGAUGACGACCUUGUUGGCAAAAGGAAACUUCCCCUUGUUCUGGAUGGUUUUAGCUUGGAAGCAAUGCUGACCAUCUUCCAGCUCCAGAAAAUCUGCCGCAGCAGGGCCUUUCAACACUGGGAGAUAAUCCAGGAAGAUAUCCUUGAUAACGUCAAUGAUAAAAACGAGAAGGAAGAAGUGAUAAAGAGAAAAAUCCCUUAUAUUCUGAAAAGGCAGCUGUAUGAAAAUAAACCCAGAAGGCCCUACAUUCUCAAGAGGGGUUCCUACUACUACUGAGAAGCUAAUUCUUGACCUGUGAUUGUGAUUGAUUACCUGAUAUCUAGAUAUAUAAUUAUAUGUGUGAAUAAAUGUGACAGAACUUGAUUAUUUCAUCUUUUCCCACAAUUGUGCUUUAUUGGAUGUGAUGUUUCUUGCAUUCAUGUAAAUUGGAUGCAAUGUUUUCAAAUAAAUGUAGAUCUUGAGCAUGAUGUGUUCUGUAUAAUUUUAAUAGAUAAUAAUCAUAAAAUAUGUAGAACAUUUUGUCAAUUUGCAAGAUAAGUUAUGGGUCACAUGAACAGUCAUGGCAUUUAGCACGUUAUAGGAAAUUAUAAGAGAUUAUAACCAAAUGGAGCGUUAUUAACCCAAAGCAGAACAAUGGUGCCAAUUUGAUUAUUAACUUAAAAAAAUAUACACUGCUUCCCAUAAACUGCUAGUUCAUCUCUCGGUACAAAGGAGUUACUAUCAUAUAAAGACUCAUCUGAAAGAAUUGUUAAUGAAACCUCAUUCUUUAUGUUUAUCUCAGUGUCUCUUUACAUGGAUAUUUUGCCUGUCAAAUGAAUUGAUAGCUAAUAAAAGUCAACAAGCCAUCAGAA